UUUGUGUGCCUGGGUGCUGAGCAGCAGCAGAGCAGCUUAGAUGCGGACCAGAGGUGACCAGGGCUCGGGGUGAAGGUGUGUGCGCGUAUGUGUGUGUGCGUGUUUGUGUGUGUGCGCGCGUGUGCACGUGUGAGUUUUUGUUGCGCGCCUGGCAGAGAGACUGCAGGAUCGGGAGGAAAAGGGCUCUCAACUUCCCUCUUCCUCUCUGCGCCGCUCUGCCCUGUGUCGCUCCCUGCCUACUGCUCCUCUUUCCCUUUUUUUACUCCGGGACACAGGCAGCUGCUGCCGCUGGUAGUGGUGCUGCUGCUGCUGCUGGUGCUGGUGCUGGUGAGAUGUGAAGAGGCUUGAAGUAUGGCAUGCAAGGAUGGUUUCUGCCAAGAAGAAGGAGAUGGUGACAGCGAUGCGCCCCGCGUUUACUCGGACCCUCUUCUACUUUUUCUGUUUGCUGACUUGUAUGAAGAAAAUCUCUGCGCAGACAAAAAAGGAUGAAAGGAUCUAUCCGGAGAAUUUCACUCGCAUUUUGGACCGACUUCUGGACGGCUAUGACAACAGGCUGCGACCUGGAUUCGGAGGUCCUGUGACUGAGGUCAAGACUGACAUUUAUGUGACAAGUUUUGGGCCUGUCUCAGACGUUGAAAUGGAAUACACAAUGGACGUAUUUUUUCGCCAGAUGUGGGUAGACCGGAGGUUGAUGUACGAGGGCCCGAUAGAGAUUCUCAGGCUGAACAACCUGAUGGUAACAAAGGUGUGGACACCGGACACCUUCUUCAGGAACGGCAAGAGGUCCGUCGCUCACAACAUGACGGCGCCCAACAGGCUGUUCCGCAUCAUGAAGAACGGCACCAUCCUCUACACCAUGAGGCUGACGAUUAGCGCCGAGUGUCCCAUGAAGCUCGUGGACUUCCCCAUGGAUGCACAUGCAUGCCCCCUCAAGUUUGGCAGCUAUGCCUAUCCUAAAACGGAGAUGAUCUAUACUUGGACCAAAGGGCCUGAGCAUUCAGUGGAGGUCCCUCCAGAGUCCUCCAGCCUCGUUCAGUAUGAUCUCAUUGGCCAGACGGUCUCCAGUGAAACGAUUAAAUCCAUCACAGGUGAAUAUGUGGUCAUGACGGUCUACUUCCACUUGAAACGUAAAAUGGGCUACUUCAUGAUUCAGACGUAUAUCCCCUGCAUAAUGACAGUAAUCCUCUCCCAAGUGUCCUUCUGGAUAAAUAAAGAAUCAGUCCCAGCGCGCACAGUUUUCGGCAUCACCACCGUCCUGACCAUGACAACGCUCAGUAUCAGUGCUCGCCAUUCCCUCCCCAAGGUCUCGUACGCUACUGCAAUGGACUGGUUCAUCGCCGUCUGCUUCGCCUUUGUCUUCUCCGCCCUCAUUGAGUUUGCCGCUGUCAACUACUUCACCAAUGCACAGAUUGAGCGCGCCAAAAAGAAGCCGGCCAAAUGUCCCCCGGUGCCCCAAUCCACGCCUGUCAAGGUCAAGGACGCAGAGGAAGUGCUGCAGCAAAAUCCUGAUACGAACGGUAAUCUGAGGAAGCGCAUGAAUUAUAUCUCCCACCAAGAGUCGAGCAGUCAACAGAGAGCCCAGUCCACCACCAACAUUGCAGGAGUAGGGCGAGGAAGGCCGCUGCGACCUUUAGCCGGUGGAACCAAUGGCAGCUCCUCCACCCUCUCCCGCUCCAGCCCAAAGUCUGAGAGCCUGCUCAGCGUCGCGUCUUCCUCAGCGCAGCUGGUGAAGAGUACGCCUCAGGGUGCAGCUUCUACGCCAGACGUAAUGGCGGGGACACCGUGCAAGCAGAACGCCAGCACUUCCUCUCUGCAGCAUCUGCUGGGCCCGAAGCUGGAGCGCAUCCAGAUGAUGGGGAACAAACUGGAGCCGAAGCAGACGCCGUGCUCCCAGCCCACCACUGCUGGUAUGGGCGGAACCAGUAAAAUUGACAAGUAUGCACGGAUCCUCUUCCCCGUGUCGUUUGGCGCAUUUAACAUGGUCUACUGGGUGGUUUACUUAUCAAAGGACAUGAUGGUGGCUAAAGGUGGCUAGACGUGUCUUUUAACACAUGGGAAGUAAAUAAGGAUUACUGGAGUUUGUGAACAUUAUGUAGAACGUGUUGUUUUUGCCAAACAGAUGAACAAAAUGUGCCCAUAAAGCACUUAAGAAUAUAUUUAUUUUUUUCUUCCUGAGUCCUGAAACUGCAAGCAUGGGAACAAGCGAGCAAAAUUAGAAAAACCUGACUCAACAUAAGAAGGAACACCUGCACACUGGAGUAUGCUACUGUCCUCUUUCUAUUACAUCGUGCUUCAUUUGACUGAAAAGGUCCUCAUCAGCUUC